CUUUCUCCACGACUGGGAUCGUCUCCUUUAUUCUCGCGAUCGUCCGAGAAAUGUACUGCGCGCGUAGUAUCGCGAUUCUGUUCCGGUGAUGUGAUUGAGGUUUUUUUUUUCUAAACGUUUUACAGUUUAAAAUUCAAAAAAACAACAGCCGAAAAUCGGAUUUUCGCAUUUCGAGUGUCCGGAUACAUAGUAACACAAGUGACAUCCAGAGACGCCCAAAAUGUUGUGGCAGUUUUUGCCCGUGUGCUUUCUGGCAGCCCUCAUUAAGGCUGACGGAUCGCUGCUGGACGGUGGCGUGAACCCCAUCCAUGAUGAAUCCAGCGCGGACUCUGGCCAAGACGAAUCCGGCGUGAUAAUUAUGAACUCCGCCAUGGCCGACCGGUUCGUGCGCCAGAGCGAUUACGGGCACGAAAACGGUGUCGAACACAGGGUGCAGCUCAAGGGCAUCCGCGUGGACUGCGGUGGCGCUUCGACAAACGGCGUCAUAGCCGUGGAAAUCGAAUUUCUGGAACCGUUUUACGGCGUGAUCUACAGCAAAGGUCGACAUGAUGACCCCAAAUGCAGAUUUGUGCAGAGCAAUUCAGGAAAGAAUUCAUAUCAGUUCCAGAUACCAAUAGAAGAUUGUCGUCCCCCUGUAGAUGAUGGUUGUUCAACUAGUGAAGACGGUGGAAGUUGUGAUUUAGGCUCCAUUGAAAAUACGAUUAUCAUCCAGACAGAUAGUACAAUUCAGGAAGAAUGGGAUUUAGCACGGAAAGUGUCGUGUCCUUCAGAGACAAAACCAGGUACAGGUAAACGAGUGCGCUUCAAGCCUAUUGUAGUUGAUAUGUUAGAAGUGGUUUCUGUUCCUUCCGGGAAUGAAGGCACACUACAAUGCUGGAUGGAUAUACAAAGAGGACAAUACCCAAAUACAUCACCAGUUGACAAGAUAAUAAAAAUUGGUGAAUCACUAUCAUUAAUUGUAUAUGUAAAAAGUACUGAUGAAGCAUACGAUGUAAGAGUAAGAGAAUGUUGGGCAUAUGAUAAUGAUAAUUAUGAAUCUUCAACUACUACAAGUAUACAGUUGACCGAUUCAUCAGGAUGUCCAAAGAGAAAAAAAUUAAUAUCACAAUGGAGAAAAACUCAAACUGUUGACCAAAGUGGUAUCACAACAAUUGGAUACACAAAUGUCACAGCAUUCAAAUUCCCAGACAAACACCAAGUGUACCUCACUUGUAAUGUUGAAUUAUGCUUGGGAAAUUGCCCCGAAGAAAGAUGUCAACCACCUUUACCAAACUAUCCGACAUCUCUAGUUAUUCCACAAACAACUCCAGCACCAGUUUGCUACCCAGGGUCAACUGAUCCAAGAUGUUCAAAACCAUCACCUCCUCCAACUUACUACCCUUCACCUUCAACACCAGCCCCACCAGUGUGCUAUCCGGGUUCCAACGACUCAAGAUGUCCAAAACCCUCAACUCCUCCAACUUACUACCCUUCACCAUCAACACCAGCACCACCAGUAUGCUAUCCAGGUUCUAGCGACUCAAGAUGUCCAAAACCCUCACCUCCUCCUACUUACUACCCUUCACCGUCUACACCAGCACCACCAAUAUGCUAUCCAGGUUCAAACGACUCAAGAUGUCCAAAACCAACUUUGCCACCAACCACUCCAGCACCAGUUUGCUACCCAGGAUCAACUGAUCCAAGAUGUCCAAAACCAUCACCUCCUCCAACUUACUACCCUUCACCUUCAACACCAGCGCCGCCAGUAUGCUAUCCGGGUUCCAACGACUCAAGAUGUCCAAAACCAACAUUGCCACCAACCACUCCGGCACCAGUAUGUUACCCAGGGUCAACUGAUCCAAGAUGUCCAAAACCAUCACCUCCUCCAACUUACUACCCUUCACCUUCAACACCAGCACCACCAGUUUGCUACCCUGGGUCAACUGAUCCAAGAUGUCCAAAACCAUCACCACCACCAGCUUACUACCCUUCACCUUCAACACCAGCCCCACCAGUAUGCUAUCCGGGUUCCAAUGACUCAAGAUGUCCAAAACCAACAUUGCCACCAACCACUCCAGCACCAGUAUGUUACCCAGGGUCAACUGAUCCAAGAUGUCCAAAACCAUCACCUCCUCCAACUUACUACCCUUCACCAUCUACACCAGCACCACCAGUUUGCUACCCAGAGUCAACUGAUCCAAGAUGUCCAAAACCAUCACCACCACCAGCUUACUACCCUUCACCUUCAACACCAGCGCCACCAGUAUGCUAUCCGGGUUCCAAUGACUUAAGAUGUCCAAAACCAACAUUGCCACCAACCACUCCAGCACCAGUGUGUUACCCAGGGUCAACUGAUCUAAGAUGUCCAAAACCAUCACCUCCUCCAACUUACUACCCUUCACCAUCUACACCGGCACCACCGGUAUGCUAUCCAGGUUCCAAUGACUCUAGAUGUCCAAAACCAACUUUGCCACCAACCACUCCAGCACCAGUUUGCUAUCCGGGUUCUAAUGACCCAAGAUGUCCAAAACCAUCACCUCCUCCUACUUACUACCCUUCACCAUCUACACCGGCAGCACCAGUAUGCUAUCCAGGAUCAACUGAUCCAAGAUGUCCAAAACCAUCACCUCCUCCAACUUACUACCCUUCACCUUCAACACCAGCGCCACCAGUAUGCUAUCCGGGUUCCAAUGACCCAAGAUGUCCUAAACCAUCACCUCCACCAACUUACUAUCCUUCACCUUCAACACCAGCCCCCCCAGUAUGCUAUCCGGGUUCCAACGACUCAAGAUGUCCAAAACCAACAUUGCCACCAACCACUCCAGCACCAGUAUGCUACCCAGGGUCAACUGAUCCAAGAUGUCCGAAACCCUCACCACCUCCUACUUACUACCCUUCACCAUCUACACCAGCACCACCAGUAUGCUAUCCAGGAUCAACUGACCCAAGAUGUCCAAAACCAACAUUGCCACCAACUACUCCUGCACCAGUAUGCUACCCAGGGUCAACUGAUCCAAGAUGUCCAAAACCAUCACCUCCUCCAACUUACUACCCUUCACCUUCAACACCAGCGCCGCCAGUAUGCUAUCCGGGUUCCAACGACUCAAGAUGUCCAAAACCAACAUUACCACUAACCACUCCAGCACCAGUAUGCUACCCAGGGUCAACUGAUCCAAGAUGUCCAAAACCAUCACCUCCUCCAUCUAACUACCUUCCACCUUCAACACCAGCACCACCAGUAUGCUAUCCAGGUUCCAAUGACCCAAGAUGUCCAAAACCCUCACCUCCUCCAACCUACUACCCUUCACCAUCUACACCAGCACCACCAGUAUGCUAUCCAGGUUCGAGCGACUCAAGAUGUCCAAAACCAACUUUGCCACCAACCACUCCAGCACCAGUUUGCUACCCAGGAUCAACUGAUCCAAGAUGUCCAAAACCAUCACCUCCUCCAACUUACUACCCUUCACCUUCAACUCCAGCGCCGCCAGUAUGCUAUCCGGGUUCCAAUGACUCAAGAUGUCCAAAACCAACAUUACCACCAACCACUCCAGCACCAGUAUGCUACCCAGGGUCAACUGAUCCAAGAUGUCCAAAACCAUCACCUCCUCCAACUUACUACCCUUCACCUUCAACACCAGCGCCGCCAGUAUGCUAUCCGGGUUCCAACGACCCAAGAUGUCCAAAACCAACAUUGCCACCAACCACUCCAGCACCAGUAUGCUACCCAGGGUCAAGUGAUCCAAGAUGUCCAAAACCAUCACCUCCUCCAACUUACUACCCUUCAUCUUCAACACCAGCGCCACCAGUAUGCUAUCCGGGUUCCAACGACUCAAGAUGUCCAAAACCAACAUUACCACCAACCACUCCAGCACCAGUAUGCUACCCAGGGUCAAGUGAUCCAAGAUGUCCAAAACCAUCACCUCCUCCAACUUACUACCCUUCAUCUUCAACACCACCGCCACCAGUAUGCUAUCCGGGUUCCAACGACUCAAGAUGUCCAAAACCAACUUUGCCACCAACCACUCCAGCACCAGUUUGCUACCCAGGGUCAACUGAUCCAAGAUGUCCAAAACCAUCACCUCCUCCAACUUACUACCCUUUACCUUCAACACCAGCGCCGCCAGUAUGCUAUCCGGGUUCCAACGACUCAAGAUGUCCAAAACCAACAUUACCACCAACCACUCCAGCACCAGUAUGCUACCCAGGGUCAACUGAUCCAAGAUGUCCAAAACCAUCACCUCCUCCAUCUAACUACCUUCCACCUUCAACACCAGCACCACCAGUAUGCUAUCCAGGUUCCAAUGACCCAAGAUGUCCAAAACCCUCACCUCCUCCAACCUACUACCCUUCACCAUCUACACCAGCACCACCAGUAUGCUAUCCAGGUUCGAGUGACUCAAGAUGUCCAAAACCAACUUUGCCACCAACCACUCCAGCACCAGUUUGCUACCCAGGAUCAACUGAUCCAAGAUGUCCAAAACCAUCACCUCCUCCAACUUACUACCCUUCACCUUCAACACCAGCGCCGCCAGUAUGCUAUCCGGGUUCCAACGACUCUAGAUGUCCAAAACCAACUUUGCCACCAACCACUCCAGCACCAGUUUGCUACCCAGGAUCAACUGAUCCAAGAUGUCCAAAACCAUCACCUCCUCCAACUUACUACCCUUCACCUUCAACACCAGCGCCGCCAGUAUGCUAUCCGGGUUCCAACGACUCUAGAUGUCCAAAACCAACUUUGCCACCAACCACUCCAGCACCAGUUUGCUACCCAGGAUCAACUGAUCCAAGAUGUCCAAAACCAUCACCUCCUCCAACUUACUACCCUUCACCUUCAACACCAGCGCCGCCAGUAUGCUAUCCGGGUUCCAACGACUCAAGAUGUCCAAAACCAACAUUGCCACCAACCACUCCAGCACCAGUAUGCUACCCAGGGUCAACUGAUCCAAGAUGUCCAAAACCAUCACCUCCUCCAACUGACUACCCUUCACCAUCUACACCAGCACCACCAGUUUGCUAUCCAGGUUCGAACGACUCAAGAUGUCCAAAACCAACAUUGCCACCAACUUACUACCCCUCACCAUCUACACCAGCGCCACCAGUAUGUUAUCCAGGAUCAACUGAUCCAAGAUGUCCACAAAUUACACUUGUUCAAACACCUUUUGUUUGUGUGUGUAAUAAUUCAACCCCUAAACCUAUCCCACCACCUAUAUGUUAUCCCGGUUCCACUGAUCCUCGCUGUCCACAAUUUCCUUCUUCAACUCAAUAUCCACCUACGUACUUACCCCCUUUAGAAACAUUGAAUGAACAAGGAAAUAAUAAAUUCAUACAGGAAUUUACUACACAGUAUCCAUCAUACAUAUCUACAGACGAUAGUUUUGGUGGUCAGCAGCAAUUGGAGCUGUUUAAUAAAGCUUUAAAUGGUUUUAAUAUACAGAGGAGAGAUGUAGAGUCUGGUAUUCGACAUUUAAAAUCAGAGUUGAAAAAUGAAAUUGGUAACGAAAAUUUGGAUGCAUUAGACAGCAUAGGAGACGAUGUGUUACGUGAACUACAAAAUGAACAGGAAUCUCAAAAGAAACGUUAAUUUUAUUGUUAAUUUAAAAUAAUUGCUUUGUAAUGACAUUUUGAUUUUUAAAUUAGCCUAUUCAAAUGUAUGCCCUAUUUAAAUUGCUCAAGUGUUUUUGUAUUAAAUAUUGUUACCGAUCAUCGUUACCACUAUAUAAUAAUGUUCAAUGUGUUAACUUCAUAUACUUUGUAUACAUGUUUUUUAUGUUUUUUUAUUAAAUGUUUUUUGAUAUUUA